AUGGUGGACGUGGGUGUUGCAGAGAGGAGGAGGGAGGCAUUGGUGGUGUGCGGUGAGAAGAUGAGUGCCGGAAUAACCAUGUAUGACUUGGAGACAGGGGAGGAACUCAUGAGACUACCCACCUGCGCUUCGCCUCCCCAUGGCCUCCUCUGCCUCGCCGAUCACCACCUCGUCGCGUCCCAGCUGCAGAGACAUCGAUCCUACCGCGGCGGUGCCAUCUUCUUCUGGGCUUUGAACAAGCCCCAGUCACCACAUAGAAGCUAUCCACCUGAGAAUAUUGGGCCAAUUUCCAGCUCCAAGGAUGGCAUUUAUCUUGCUGGUGGAGCUCCUGCUGGGAAUGUAUAUAUAUGGGAGGUUACAAGUGGAAAACUGCUUAAGAUAUGGCCUGCUCAUCAGAAUCCUCUGAGCUGUUUAGCCUUUUCUCACGACGGCACUCUGCUUAUUUCUGCAUCUGAGGAUGGUGUCAUCCAUGUAUGGUCCAUGAUCAGCUUACUGGAUGUUGAAGAUCCUCAAAUUUGUGGAACUUUAUCUUCUGUACACACAUGGUGUGAGCAUCAAUCCUCUGUAACUGGUCUGCUACUAAUGUCUGGAGGCUGUAGCUUAUCAUUGAUAUCAAGCUCCCUUGAUGGCACUUGCAAGGUAUGGGACGUCAUUUCGGGCAGGCUGGUGCAAACUUAUGUGUUCUCUGCUCCUGUGACUGCAAUUGCUUCUGACCCUCAAGAGCAACUUCUGUUUGCCGGAUGUAUGGAUGGCCGAAUUCUUGUUAGUGAACUUAAUCUUGGACUGGAAGAAACGCCCUCAACAAUUUCAGAGGACAGUUCUGGCUUUCUUGGAGGGCAUAAGGAUUGUAUUACCACUUUAUCAUUCAGUCCAGGAGGUAAAUGGUUGAUUUCUGCAUCAAAGGAUGGUGCUGCUUGCAUUUGGGAUGCUAACCUGUGUCAGCUCUUACGAAGAUUCAGCUAUAAGAAGGAUCAGAAUUCAUCUGAAUUAGAUGCGGAAUUUGAUGAAGCAUUUCACCGUGUCUCAGCAGGUUAUAUAACAAACUUGCUGGUGAUCUCACAAUCAAUGCUCUCUGUGGCGAAGAACAAGAGAAGCCAGCUUCGCCCUCAUGUCUCAUUACUGGACAAGUCUCCUCAGCCAAACGCUGCGACAGAGAGAACACGGACCAUUUUACCAGCUUACUGUUCUCAGGAAGAUCACUUCAUUAGCCCUGGAUUCCAAACUUACCGACUAAUGAAGAAGCAAAUUCUUGAGCUUGAGAGGGAGGGAACCCCAGAAGCUUUAGAGAUGAAGGUGGUGGCAGCAGUGGAGAACCGCUUGUGGACUUCCACCGUGACGAAACACAUGAUCACCAUCAACAAGCACUUGCAGACGAGAUUGUUGGACAUGAUUCAGCGCCGGUUGUGCGACAACUCUGAGCUUGCUCAUGCCAGCACUAAGAAAUCAAAGACCAAGGUGCUUGCAGCAGCAUCAGACUCCAAGUAA